UUGUAAGUUUGCCAUUUGCCGUAUUUCUAUUGUUUAUUUGUUGCUUUUCACAAGCAACCUUGAUCGCUAUACGCGUUUUGAUUGAUUGUUGUCGCUGAAUAUUGCGUUUUCUCUCCUGGGAAGAGCGCAUAGAUCCACCUGAGCCAUCCACCAUGACUACAGCGGCAAGACCAACUUUCGAACCGGCCAGAGGAGGCCGGGGGAAGGGGGAAGGUGACCUGAGCGCACUGUCCAAACAGUAUUCCAGUCGAGAUCUCCCAGGUCACACCAAAAUCAAGUACAGGCAGCCUACCCAGGAUGCCCCGGAGGAAGUCCGUGCCCGUGACUUCCGCAGGGAGCUGGAGGAGAGGGAGCGCGUAGCUGCUCGUGAGAAGACCAGAGAGAGGGGACCGAGAGAGUACACCACAUCAUCUUCAUCCUCCUCCUCCUCCUCCUCUUCCUCCAAGAGGCCCAGACUGGACCAAAUUCCGGCCGCCAAUCUUGACGCAGACGAUCCCCUGACAGAGGACGACGAGGAUGACAACUCUGGGGAGGAUAGCGGCGGCGACGACGACGACGACACUGCGGCUCUUCUGGCGGAACUGGAGAAGAUUAAAAAGGAGCGCGCUGAGGAGCAAGAACGCAGGGAGCGAGAGCAAAAAGCAGAGGAGGAGAGGAUCAGAAUGGAGAAUAUCUUGAGCGGCAAUCCCUUGAUUAAUUUGGCAGGACAGCAGCAACAGCAGCAGCAACAGCAGCAGCAGCAGCAGCAGCAGCAGCAGCAAAUGGCUCAAAAUCAGAACACAUUCAAGGUCAAGAGAAGGUGGGAUGAUGAUGUGGUGUUUAAGAACUGUGCGAAAGGAUUGGACAAAGCACGCAAGGAGAAACGCUUCAUCAAUGAUACCCUGCGCUCGGAGUUUCACAAGAAAUUUAUGGAAAAGUACGUGAAGUAGACCGCCGUUGGCCGGCCACCGGGUCAGGGUCGAACCCGCCUCUAAGGACGGCCUCCGCCAUGCGUGACGAGAAAAGUGGAACGCGUGAUGAAUGAAUGAAUGUUAGGUAGAAAUGUGAGCUCGCUUCAUUUGAGUUGAGUUGACUCCUUCCUCUCCCAAACCCUUCUGACUGACGCAGUCGUUGAACAUCACAUACAUUCUUAUUUGUCCCAGCAACAAUGUUCCUCUUGUAUAUAAAUGUGAUUCACACUUUCAAUAAAGAUCGAUUCAUGAAACAUCA